ACCCCCACCCACCGCCGCACACACUCUCCAGCGUCCAGGGGGCGGCAGGGUCAGCGCUCUCAGGGCAUGAAUCAGUCUCCCCUCCAGGCUCCGCAAAGGCACGCUCCGCCCUGUCCCAGGUCAGAAGGACGCUCACCCUACAUAAAGCAGCGGCACCCACCACGCUGGAACUCAGACUGCCUCGAGGUUGGACGCUGUGCACCUUCCUCCCGCUGGCACAUUCUGGGGACGCCUCACCCCACGGGCGGCUUGAAUCCAGACACCAUGUACUCUGUUCGCCCCCUCCAGCUGGUGGUUCUGCCGCUGCUCCUGGUGGGAACUGCGCUGGGAGAUGCUCCUCAAGCGCCGCCAGGAAAUAACGCGGAGAUCUGCCUCCUACCCCCGGACGAAGGGCCCUGCCGGGCCCGGAUCCCCAGUUACUACUAUGACAGGUAUACGCAGAGCUGCCGCGAGUUCAUGUAUGGGGGCUGCGAGGGCAAUGCCAACAAUUUCGAAACUUGGGAGGCCUGCGAUGAAGCUUGCUGGAGGAUACAGAAAGUUCCCAAGAUUUGCCGGUUGGAAGUCAGUAAGAGGCAGUGUGGGGAGCUCAGAGAAGUGUAUUUCUUCAAUCUAAGUUCCAUGGCAUGUGAAAAAUUCAUAUCUGGUGGGUGUCACAGCAGUGAGAACCGGUUCCCGGAUGAAGCUACUUGUAUGGGCUUCUGUGCACCAAAGAAAGGUCCAUCAUUUUGCUAUAGUCCAAAAGAUGAGGGACUAUGCUCUGCUAAUGCAACUCGCUAUUAUUUUAAUCCAAGACACAAAGCCUGUGAGGCCUUCACCUAUACUGGCUGUGGAGGGAAUAACAAUAACUUUGUUAACGUGAAGGACUGCAAACGCAUUUGUGUAAAAGCCUUGAAAAAGGGAAAGAACAAGAAGAUGCCAAAGCUUCUCUUUGCAAGUAGAAGACUGAAAAUUAAGAAGAAGCGAUUUUAACCCUUUUUUUUUUUCCGUAUGUCAUCUUGUGAAUGCCUUUAUGGUUAUAUCUGAAGGAUAAUAUGGUAACACAAGUAAGCGAGUCAUUAGUGAUUUAUUCACCAGUUCUUAUGUUAUAUUUUUAAAUUUGUGUAUUUUUUAUACAUAACUAGCUGCUAUUCAAAUGCGAAUCUAUUAUUUUAAAUUUAAUGUUCAACUAUUUUUUUAUGAGGUUAAAUUCUUGCUGUGCAUAAGAUAUAAAAGCAAAUAUGACUCACCCAGUUCUUGGGGUUGCUCUCCCUGAUUUCAGAAGAUGAUAGUAACUGAAAAAUAUAAGACAAUAUAAUCAUAUUCUUUUAACACAUAGGAUUAUAAAAAGGACCAGCAAAUAUAUUUAAUUUUGCAUUUAAAAGUUAGAUUAUAUUUUGGGGCCAAGGAGACAAACUUGCAGACUUACCAACACUUCAAAAAAUGUUACAAAUGCUACUAUGUAGACACUGCUAACUUAUUUCUAUUUCUACAGUGUCAUUUAAAAGAUAAUAAAAUAAAGUAACUUUUUUGACUGAAUUAAAAAGCUAGUAAAGUAAUUACAACCAGAAAUGCACUCCUCGGGUAGGGGUGGGGGGAUUCUCUGUCUCUCUCUCUCUUCAGCUAUCCAUCCAUCCCCACUCAGCGUUAAGUUGUUAAAAUUUUUGUACUGUUCAAGGUGCUUAUUUAUACUAUACCAGAGACAAUGCAUAAAUGUAAUAAUUUAAAUUCCACUAAUAAAAUAUUCCUGAUAAAUAUGA